AUGCUUGGUCCAUUUUUUUUUCAAAUAGGAAUGCAGAUUUAUUUCAUUGUGCCGUGUACGAUCUCAUCCGGCGUUAUCUUGGUAAGUUCAAAACUUGUUAUAGAGUGAUAGGGAAUUUUUUAUGGAACUGGUGAGAUAGGGGAAAGUUUCAUUCUUUAUCCACAACCUUCCCCUUCCCUACACACCCACAACACUUGCAGAAUAGUGGGGUUUUUAUUAUUAUCAUUAAUUUAUUUAUUUUGUCAAGGAAAUUGUGACUUUUUCUCCAAAACAGCUGAAAAAUCUGACCCCGAUCCAACAUUUUGUCAAAGAUGUCAAUAAUCAGCUAUAUUUUAGAAUAUUUUAUAACCUUAAGUUUUUCCUGGCCCUGUAAAUGUGUUGGGUUUUUGGGCAAAAUACUCACACUGCCUCUCUCCACCAAGGAGUAUACAUGGGUACAGGCAAAUUGUAUGAUGAAACUCUGAGGGAGGAAAAGGAGGGGGAAACCUUGUGAUGGACUAGCAUCGGGGGAGGGGGGUAGUGAUACUCCUUGUUGCUUCAUGCUUAGGAAACUGGGAUAAGCUCUAGCUGGGAUGGACGGCCAUAUGGCUUAGGGGCAGACUUUGCAUUUUCCUUUUAAUUUCCAUAUUUUAAAGGUGCAUAAAAAGAGAAAUGAUUUGUUGUAUUUUUAACAUCCUCAAGGGGUGUGGAUACAACAAGGAACUUCUCUGGGCUUGGAGAAUAUGUUCAACAUUGUAG